ACGAACUCCUGCAGAAGUGUCCUGGAGCUGAGAUGACUGACCUCCAACAACCACAACCGUCUUCCUGUGUGCCAAGUAUAACUCCAAUUAGCAGAGAGUUUGCCCCCUGAUUUUUAAGCAGGUACAAAUUUUAAUGCCUUUUGAGAGUCCAUACAUGAAAACUCAGAUGUGUUAAUCUGAAAGAACUGGCAAAUUGAAUUGAAGGAAAGUUGUAAUGUCUGCACCAUGACAUCACAUAAAUUUCAGUCUGCACUCUCACUUUAUAUUCUAUCUCUGAAGAGACCUAAGCACAGUCGAUCAAUAUGAGAAACCAUCCUGUCCAUGCACAGUGCACUCGAUGUCCAUGUCGGGUUUUUUGAGGAAUGGCCUCUUUGGACCUACCCUACCGCUGUCCAAGGUGUGGUGAACACAAGCGUUUUAGAAGCCUGUCUUCAUUGCGAGCCCAUCUGGAAUAUAAUCACACAUACGAGACGCUUUAUGUGCUUUCUAAGUCCAAUAGUAUCUGUGAUGCUAGUGUUGACAAGUCCGUUCUGAUACCUACUUCCUGUAAAGAAAUAUUCGAAAGUACUUCAUUCAGGAGUAAAGAGCAAAGAUAUUUGUAUGAUUUACAGUGUGGGGACGAUUUACCACUUGGUUCCACCUGUUACUUCCCUGAGGUUGAAGUUCCAGUUAAUGAUAUACUCAUGAGAAAGGCUGUGACAUCUUCUGCUCCUCCUGCUGCUCUAGCUGCAGCAGCAGUGGAUGCUGUUUAUGAGGAAGGCCUGGCUCGAUUAAAGAUUCAAGCACUUGAGAAACUUGACUUAAAUGAACGCCUAGAGAAGCUGUCAGAGGAAGUGGAGCAGAAAAUCACAGCUCGAGUAGACAAACUCCAGACAGAACUUGAGAAAAAGAGCUCUGAGUUGGAGAAAGCCAAACAGGAAAGCGUGAAGUUGAGUCAAGAAAAGCAAGACCUUGAAGAAAAGGCCUCUGAGUUAUCACGUCAGGUCGAUGUGAGUGUAGAGAUGUUGGCUACAUUGAAACAAGAUUUGGUGCAGAAGGACCAAGAACUUGCCAGGAAACAACAAUUCAAGUACAGCAACAAGAAUGUCUUGCUGCAGGUAAACAGGACAUAUACAGGCGAGGUGCCAGAAAACUUGAGGAAUGCAAAUAUGGUUCCGUUGUUUAAAAAGAGAUCUGUUAACCUUUCGUUUUGUGUUGGUGCUGUUUCUACUAGACCAAAGCCAGUAGCACAUCUGUCACGAUGCUAUGACAGUGACAGUUUUACGCCAUCUGUAGAUAUGCAGCACAAUGAACAAAGUCCAGAGAGGAUCUAUUUUCACAAACAAAGCCGCAGCCCAGAGAGUAGAUGCAUCAGGGAUCCCAUGUCCCGAAGUUCAGCACUACGGAGGCAAGCUGUUGAAAACUGGCACCGUAGGCCAUAUCGUAACAGCACGGAGGGAGAAGAAGGUGAUGUGUCAGAUGCGGGAUCUAGAACAACGGAAUCUGAGGCAGAAAUAUGGGAACCAGAAAGUAAAUGUUCAGCAGAGAUACAAAAAUUUGGAUCAAAUCGUGCCAAGGCUUACCGACUGGGUGCAACCUCACAGUAUGACCCAGUGAAGCUGAGCCCUGGUAAGCAUGCUCAGGAUAUUAGAUAUAGGUUUAUGGUGACCCUUUCCCAAUGGUGUACACAGACACACUCCCUCACUCUGCAAGGCAUUAAACCUCGUCCAAAAGGGAAGAAGGAAAGUAAAGAGGAAUAUCUUAAAAACACACAUGGUUGUCUGGAGACUGGACUGGAAUCCCUGCUGAAGGCUGCUGGCAGCAAUCUUCUAAUUUUGAAGGUAUCCCAUUGUCCAAACAUCCUGACUGAUCGUUCUCUUUGGUUGGCAAGCUGUUACUGCCGUGCACUACAAGCAGUAACUUACAGAAGGCCAGGGGACUGUAUACCAAUAUACAAGACUGCCAUUUGUGGUAUCAUCAGCUGGCGCCCUCUUCCAGCGGGCCAUGGAGAACAUUUUACAAGAACUACCCUAGGUUGCCAUUUAUCUGGAUGGUGUGCUAAUAACUGGGAAGACCAAUAAAGAGCACUUAGAGAA